AUGGGGCAGAAAAGGAAGUCGAGAGUCAGCGUCCAUGGUAUAGCUGGUCUCCUCAAGAAUCUCGGCAGCAGCGAGAUACUGGCUGUGAAGACAGAAAUCGGGGACAGAAACGACAUCGGUGAUCUGCGCCCACCAAAGCAGGAGGGUGCGCCUGCAGACGAUCUUCCCCCUCUCCCCUCCCCAUCGACAUCCGCGCUGGGCUUCGUCGACUCUCAGCGAAGACCCGAAGAAGCGGAGGCGAUCGAGGCGCAUAUACCUCCUCCGCGACCGACAGCUCCGUCCCCUAUACCAACCGCUCAGACGGGGGAGCUGUCGCAGCUAACGACGACACGAGAACGACCUGCAAAGCGCCAAAAAACUGUCCACACCGCGACGAAUGCGUCGACGAGCAAAUGGGCCAAAAAGUACGGGAAGGCCUGGGUCGAUAAGUACGACGCGUCUGGCCUCGUUCCCUACUACAAGAAUAAGGCGGAGGUGCCGGAGGAGCUGGCAAAAUACUUCUCUCAGCGCCUUCGGUACUUCUCUCUAUACUCUGAGCCCCCAGGCUGCCUUCUGGACACGGAGGGCUGGUUCAGUGUUACUCCGGAGGCGAUUGCGAACAGGAUCGCUGAGCGCUGCCGAUGCGACACGAUAUUGGACGCGUUCUGUGGCGUCGGAGGGAACGCGAUCGCGUUCGCGCAGACUUGUCAACGUGUCAUCGCCCUGGAUACUGACCCCACACGCCUCGCCCUCGCCCGACAUAACGCGCAAAUAUACGGCGUCGCCGACCGGAUCGAGUUCAUCCUGACGGACUACGUCGCAUUCGCGGAAGCGUAUAUCAGUCGGAAGGAGAUCUCCCAAACGGCUGUAACGAAGCCAGCGCGUAUGAUCGACGUCGUCUUCCUUAGCCCGCCAUGGGGCGGCCCUUCGUACCUCCAAGUCCUUCCCGCCGACGCGGACGAGAUAUCGUCAACGGAGCACCCCACGUACUCCCUCGCGUCCAUUCGCCCCCUCCCAGGCGGCGAGCUCUUCCACCUCACAAGACGAAUAUCGCACAACGUAGCCUACUACCUACCUCGGAACACCGACCUGGCGGAGAUUGGAGCAUUGGUAGAGGCCCAAGGGGAGAAGAUCGAGAUCGAGGAGGAGUGGAUGGGCAACAAACUCAAGGCGUUGACGUGCUACUUUGGCGGGCUCGCCGCCGGGCAGGGGCAUCUAUUUGACGCUGUAUAG